AUGGGGCAGUUAGAGGAGGAAGCGCACAGUGUGAAGAAUAAUCCAGGAGAAAUUGGUGUGGGCACCACCGGCUUCGGAAUCUUCUUCAUCCUCUUUGGAAUACUCCUGUACUUUGAUUCGGUGCUCCUGGCCUUCGGAAACCUGCUAUUCCUGACUGGCCUCUUGCUCAUCAUCGGCCUGAGGAAGACCUUUUCCUUCUUCUUCCAGAGGCACAAGCUCAAAGGGACCAGCUUCUUCCUAGGGGGUGUGGUCAUUGUGCUCCUGCGCUGGCCCCUUCUGGGCAUGUUCCUGGAAACCUAUGGAUUCCUUAGCCUCUUCAAGGGCUUUUUUCCUGUCGUCUUUGGCUUCCUGGGCAAUGCCUCUGACAUCCCCUUCCUGAGUGCGCUGUUCCGGAGGCUUCAAGGCACCAGCUCAAUGGUCUGA